AGGAAAUCGCUGAGUAAGCGACCAGUGACUGUCAGUCACGUGGGGCAUAAAUGGUGGGGCCCGAACCCGAAAGGGGAAAUCGGGCUGACGGCGAACAUUGGAGUUUGACAGUUCCCACCCACCCCCCAAAGACGAGUCAACGACAUUAUCUUGUUCACGGCCACGGCCCUAUUCUAGUGCUAGUGAUAGCAAUUUUCCUCAGCGCUGUGCAUGCUUCUCCGAGUCUCCCGAGGUCCCAAUUGAGCAGCAAAUACCAAGCAUUCUCCACUGAUCAUUGCUGCAGCAAAGACCCCUCCCGGACCCUGGUCCCCACUUGAGCAGCUCCCCAGCCAAGCUUACUUAUUGUGCCUGAUUUGACUUACUCACCCAGGCUGAAUCAUGAGAUCAUGGGGGAGGAGGGACACCAGCAAUCCGAGCAUAAUAGGAAACUAGAAUUUCAACUUCAAAAUGUGAGCUCGGAUUCGUCAGGGGCCCAUCCAACUUCGAGUAGUCAUGCGGCAGACCAGACAACUACUUUUCCCGCGGAUCAGCAAUCGAACAUAUCGGCCCCGCAAGGCGGUUCAAGAAACUUCGAAUUCGUGCUAGUGACCGACAAUGAAUCCCGACGCCAGGUCCGACGUCAUGCUAUGCGCCAGUAUAUGCAUCAACGGCGCUUGGACAGUAUCGCACGAUUAGGGACGGCUCGUGUACCAGGAGGUGGUUGGUCAAUCCGCUCCCCUUCCGACCCUCAACCCUCAGCCUCGUCUUCUCGGGCAGGGAUCGUAAAUGACGAUGCUCAAGAGGAUGCGAUUGUCAAGCCAGAACAGGCAUUGUUCCCAAGCAGCGAUGAAGACACGAAGACGCCGGAGAAGCCCAGAAGCUCCUCUCGCUUGCUCAUUCCGAAGUUACACAAGGUCAAGCACGAAGAUGCCUCUCUGCAUCCGGCCGCAAAGCCCAGGUCAUCUGAUCCUCUAGCUAGUCCAGGGGAAGGGGUCGUUCGAGAUCCGUUCAGCUGUUAUCCAAUUGCUGUUAGCCAUGAGGAUCAUGAAUUAAUUCAACACUUCGUUGUCACGUACCCAUCUAUGAUGUAUAAGUUUGCCGACUCUAUCGCAAAUAAUCCGAUGAUGGAGAUUUUCCGCCAAAUCGCACUCCAUGAUGGAGUUCCCUUCCAAGCUAUGCUUGCCAUCGCCUCCAAACACCGUGCUGGAGUCGAGGGCAAGGUAGAGUCUGUGCAGAGUCUGACUCAUAAGAUGCGAGCACUGCGAUUCAUGAAUGAACGUAUCCACGGGGAUAUGAGGGGGCAGCAUGACGGGACUAUCUACGCUGUUGCCACAAUGGCUGUCAUCGAGAAAUGGUCUAAGGAUGCAUCUAUCGAGCGAAUGCAUUUCCGCGGAUUGUCGUCAAUGAUUCGGAAUCGAGGCGGAAUGCAAGGCAUGCGACUGACUAGCCCUUUCCUGGAGAAGGUGCUUUACUGGGUUGAUUUCAGUUGCGCCCCCAAGGCGAUCAUCAGCACGUCGCUACCUUGGACCGGCAACACUCUCGAUAUAACACCUCCUCUCGAUUUUCUGGAUCCCAAUUUACACCUUGCUAUUCCCCAUGACACUACCACUUCGGAAGAUGCCGAAAGUCUUUGUGCGCAAUUUAGGGCAUGCGAGGAUUUCUUACGCUUCUUUCGUCGCCUCCGCGAAUUGGAGAGCUUGUCAUUGAACUCUCCUUGUACCGUCGUGCCAGAGAUUGUUCCUCGACGCAACAAACGCUUCAGCCCGGGCACUCAGCUCUAUUCAAUCUUAACUAUGCUACCGGAUUAUGAUCAUGGGAUUCGAGACAUCCGCUUCAUCGACGAGUACACUUGCAUGUCAUGCCUCUUCUUCCUCGCCGUCGCACUGUAUGACUGCUACCUCAACUCUCAAAGUUUGGACGAUUAUCUCGAAUGGCUUAGCCUCGAAGUCCAUAAUCUCAAUCCUUUCACGAACCCUAGCAUUACCUCGGUUCUCUGGCUGUUUCUUAACAAUGGUGGUUAUCCUAAGACAAAGCCAGGCGACGCUGGAGACCGAUGCUGGAUAGUUUCGCGGAUGGUCCGGAUCGCUAAACGACUCGAAUGGAAACGCCACGGAACCAUUUGGGACCGGCUUCGCCAGAUACUCAUCGACUUCAUCAUUACUCAGCAAGAGUGCGCUCUAGGUUCGGUUCAGAUUGACGCCGAAACGCACGUGGCUCGCGCACAGAAACGGCUCAGCUACCAGACUAGUUCGACCGAUUACUUCUGGAACGAAGCACAAAUGCGCGAAGAUAUUCUCGAGCUCAAGCUUCCUGUUGUUGCCAACAUAUCCACAAGUAUCGAAAAUAUGGAUGCACCCAUUCUUACGUGACUCCCUUUCAUCUUUUGGCUUUUAUCUUCAAGCAUGGCCACGCCACUACGGAUUAAAAGCAGCGGAGUAAAGGGUAUUAGUUUGGAGUCCACUUUCGGUUUUGUUGGUAUGCUAUUUUUUAUGACUUAUGACGAAUGAGAUAAUAAUUGGGCGGCCACAGAUUAGGACGCAUUGACGUGAUUGCUGUAAUAGAACUAGUAAUUGAGAUGUCUAGUAUGCAGGAGAUCUCACCCUGUGCUAUCGGUAAUCGAGUAUGACGGGCACUUAUCAUCUACACAGGGUUUGUGUAGAGUUAGGGUCAAUAAAAGAGUCCUUUCGUUGAUUAAACAGUUCACAGGCUACUCGCCAUACCUGCCUGUUUGUCGCCCUCCGAUCAAAUCACAUGCGCCAAUUGGUCUCGAAGAAAUCGUCAAACCUAGUUCACCAAAGAGUCACAGCA